ACAAGCUCAGUAGCGACUCCGACUCCAGCAGUAUGUCUGACAAACGGGAGUCCAGACACGAACUGUCUCAGCGGGUCCCGGAGUCCUUCAGGGAUAAUCCCAAGGCAGAACUGGGACUUUGUGGAUGGAUUUUGGUGGCUGUCUCGUUCUUUUUCGUACUUAUAACCUUCCCAAUAUCAAUAUGGAUUUGCAUAAAGAUUGUAAAAGAAUAUGAAAGAGUCAUCAUCUUUAGACUGGGUCGCAUUUUGCAAGGAGGCGCCAAAGGACCUGGUUUGUUUUUUAUCCUGCCAUGCACUGACAGCUUCAUCAAGGUGGACAUGAGGACCAUCUCCUUCGAUAUUCCUCCGCAGGAGGUCCUCACUAAGGACUCGGUGACCAUCAGUGUGGAUGGUGUGGUCUAUUACCGUGUUCAGAACGCAACCCUGGCCGUGGCGAAUAUCACCAAUGCAGAUUCAGCAACCCGUCUUUUGGCACAAACUACCCUCAGGAAUGCACUGGGCACGAAGAACCUCUCUCAAAUCCUCUCUGACAGAGAAGAGAUUGCACACCACAUGCAGAGUACGCUGGAUGAUGCCACUGAUGACUGGGGAAUAAAGGUGGAGCGUGUGGAGAUUAAGGAUGUGAAGCUGCCAGUACAGCUCCAGAGAGCCAUGGCUGCAGAGGCAGAAGCUGCCCGGGAAGCUAGGGCCAAGGUGAUUGCAGCUGAAGGGGAAAUGAAUGCAUCCCGAGCUCUGAAAGAAGCGUCCAUUGUUAUCACCGAGUCUCCCGCUGCCCUUCAGCUCCGGUACCUUCAGACCCUGACCACUAUCGCUGCAGAGAAAAACUCCACCAUUGUCUUCCCUCUGCCCAUCGACCUGUUGCAGGGCAUCAUGAGUUCUAAUAACUGAGCUGUCCAGGUCUAUGGAGAGCUGUGCUGAAUGCUUCCCAGGGUAAAAUGGGGACAAAAUUAGCCUUUAACUCACGGGGAGAUUAGCUGAAAGCUUGACUGUCCACCUCCUUCUCCUUUCCUGUAUGUACAAUAGAGGGGCUCUUAGAAGGGAUGAGAGUCAUAAAAGCAGAUGAGAGGGCACUUGCUUAGCAUGCUCGGGGCUCUGGACUUAAUCCUCAGCUCCAAAACAGAGACAUAUUGGCUUGUAAAUAGCGGGAGAAAGAGAUGGCUGAUUUGUGUACAAUACUCUACUCCUUAUGUCUUUAUUCCGAAGUAGGUUGAGGCCAUCUUUUGUCUUCCUUUAACUUGUUCUGAACCAAGAGCAAGCAAGCAAGUCAAGGCUAGGGACACAGCCUGGACAUGCCACCUGAGCCAGGUAAAUGCUCUAUGACACUGAAGAGUUGUGCCACCCACUUCUCUGGCUGUCUGUGCCUUCCCUUCAGGGCAUCUUUUGGAUUGUUUUGUUUUGAGGCGGGGUUUCAAGGCUGUCUGGGUCUUGAAUUCAGAGAUCCCCUUGCCUCUGCUUCCAGAGUGCUGGGAUUUAAGACGUGUACCACCACCGCCUCAACCUUCAGGGAAUCUUAAGGAAGGAUAUUUCCCCAAAGUCCAUCUACCCACCCUAAGCCCAAACUGUAUUUUGGAAAAAUCCUCUUCCUCUUCCUGCUUGGUCCUGUCAGAGCCAACAGAAGGUCUCCUGCUGACCAGAGACCAGAACCCACUCCUGUCUUCAUCCUUUUGAAAAUAGUAGGUACAGUUUUAAAAAACCUUCUUGGGCCUCCCUUCCACGAGUUGAUGACCCCUCUGUGUGUGGCCUUUAAAGCAGCUAAUUCCUGUCACAGAAGUGCUCCUUUUCCACUUGUGCCUAUUUUCAUGGAUCAGGUUUUUAAAUCAUUUUGAUUUUUAAAAAUUUCUUAAAAAUCGAUAAAUUUUAUGUCCAUUUGAUUAGCUUAAGUAUUGAAGUACCUUUACAAACAUUUUAGAAAACCAUUAUACUUUGCUCUCUGCAUACUAUUAACUACUAUAUACUGUGAUAUAUUUUAAUUGCUAUUCCUACUUAAGUAGCAUGAGGGAUUCCUACCACACAGAGCUUGUGAUUGAGCUUGCGCAGACACCCAUGCUGAGCUCUCCGUGCAGAGGGAGGACGCUUAUGUUUGAUUAGUUUUGUGGGUUUUUUCUCAUAUAAAACAUUGAUGCCAAUAGAGGAAGUGGUCCACCCCUCUAGACCCCAGCUUCUUAUUGUGACAUCCUUCCUUUGGCCUGGGAAGCUUGGUGGUGACUUUUGCAACAUCUUGCUUAGAGGGUCUUGAUUCAGCUGGAGGCGCCUGGAAGGACAGCUCUCUGUCACACUAGCACUGCUGACACCUCCCCUGGGCCCAUGUGGAGUUCAUGACACUCCCUGUUCCUAAGCCUUGAGCCCAGCUGGGUUUUCUAGAGAUGUAUAGAGCACUUCCACAUGGACUCAAAUUGUAUUUACAUUUUAAAUUUAAAAUAAUGGUUUUUAUCUGUUUGGAGAAGUGGCUCACCCUACACUGAGGAUCAGGAAACCCUUUGUCCUGGUAAAAACACCUCGGACGUAGGAACCAAUGCCCUUGGUUUUCUAAGUUUCCCGUCCAGACACCAGCUGGCCUUUGCUUCUGUGCCUUGUAGUAAUCCAGUAAGCUAAAACUCAGUCACAGGGAGGGGCGGAGAAAAGCAAGCCUAUACGAAGGGGUGCUGGUGUGGAGGUUUCCACUCAUCCCCCUCUUCAGCCGUGUACAAUAAAGUUCGUGCCCUGUGACCCGA